AUGGUUUACUAUUUUACCUCGAACGUGGUGUCCCCUCCAGCAACAAUUUAUGUUGGAAAAGACAAGUACGAAAAUAACGAGUCCUGGGAAAACAUCCCAAAAGAGCUUCUAGAAGACUGUGCACAGCUAACGAAAGCGAAUUCUAUCGAAGGUAAUCAUGGGAACAAAAAGGACAAUAUUACUGUGAUCUAUACACCGUGGUCAAAUCUCAUGAAGGAUGGAUCCAUGGCAACAGGCCAGGUGUCUUUCCAUAAUCCUAAACUGACGAAAAGGAUAUUUGUUCCCACUCGCCAAAACCAUAUUGUCAACCGGUUGAACAAGACGCGCGUCGAGAAGUUUCCUGAUCUCAUGGCAGAGAAGGAAGAGUACUUGAAACAAAAGAGAAGAGAAGAAAGAAGAAUCAGAGAGGAGAAGAAAGCCGCGGAGAAGAGAGAGAAGAAGGAGCGGGAGCAGUUGAAAUGGCAGAAGGAGCACGCCUAUGACGACUUAAUGAGUGAAGAGAACAUUCAGCAGAGCAGCAAUCAGGAUCGAGAUCCAAACUUCCUCGACGACUUUAUGUAA